AUGACUAGUGUCAAUAAUCCCACGCCGCUAUUUGAUCUCUGGCCCGAGGCGAAGGAGAAGAAUACUGGUUUUGACCGGGAAAAUUUUGAAAAUCAAGCUCGCUACUGCGAUAUCUUGUCUAUUAUCAAGCUCCUUUUUUUCAGCACCGGUACCUUUAUGACCAUGCGCCUGGGUGUCGGACUGUUACUCGGCUGUUAUAUCUGCCUGCCUCCAUUCGGACUGAGCUUUGAUUAUCGGCUGGUCCUCAGUCACAGCCUCCUGUUCACAGCAGCGUGGUACAUCCUCCUUCUCCAACCACGUAACUGGUUCACGACUCAAAUUGGGGGAAUUCUGAAGGAUUGGUUGUCAAAUGCCUCUGAACAUGAACCAACAAAAUUCACCGAAAUUGUCUACGCCCCUAACGGCGAUGAUGCGGUUGUUGAGUGA